GCUCCGCGCCAGGAGGCGGCGGCCAGACCGAGCCUCAGCCCAGCGAGCCGGGAGGCUGCCGACGGCGACCACCCCUGUAUAGAGCCGGAGAAGGAGAAGGACACCGAGGAAGGACGGCAAUGGCGCUCGACUUCCUGGCUGGAUGCGCUGGGGGUGUGGCAGGCGUGCUGGUGGGACACCCAUUUGACACGGUCAAGGUGCGGCUUCAGGUCCAGAGCCUGGAGAAGCCCCAGUACCGAGGGACUGUCCACUGCUUCCAGUCCAUCAUCAAGCAAGAGAGCGUGCUGGGACUGUACAAGGGCCUGGGCUCACCGCUCAUGGGGCUCACCUUCAUCAAUGCACUGGUGUUUGGUGUGCAGGGCAACACCCUGCGGGCCCUGGGCCGAGACUCGCCGCUGAACCAGUUCCUGGCGGGCGCAGCGGCAGGCGCCAUCCAGUGCGUCAUCUGCUGCCCCAUGGAGCUGGCCAAGACUCGGCUGCAGCUGCAGGACGUGGGCGCGGCCCGCACCUACAGGGGCUCCCUGGACUGCCUGGCACAGAUCUACCAGCAGGAGGGCCUGCGCGGCGUCAACCGGGGCAUGGUGUCCACACUGCUGCGCGAGACGCCCAGCUUCGGAGUCUACUUCCUCACCUACGACGUGAUGACGCGCGCCCUGGGCUGCGAGCCGGGGGACCCGCUGCUGGUGCCCAAGCUGCUGCUGGCGGGCGGGACGUCGGGCAUCAUGUCCUGGCUCUCCACCUACCCUGUGGACGUGGUCAAGUCACGGCUGCAGGCCGACGGGCUGCGGGGGGCCCCGCGCUACCAGGGGAUCCUCGACUGCGUGCGCCAGAGCUACCACGCCGAGGGCUGGCGCGUCUUCACCCGUGGGCUGGCCUCCACGCUGCUGCGCGCCUUUCCGGUCAACGCUGCCACCUUUGCCACUGUCACUGUCGUGCUCACUUACGCGCGGGGCCCGGAGGACCAGUCUGAGGACGAGGCUGUGCCUGCUGCCUCCGGGCCUGCGCUGGCCCAGCCCUCCAGUCUGUGACUCCCAACUCCUGUGGCAUAGGGUGUGACCUCCCCGGGGCCACUUUCCAGAAACCCAACAUAGACAUAAAUUGCCCACCCCCCGCCCGGCCCACUGUCCUGCCCAGACACCGGGGGCUGGGGACUCCGCCAGGUCUGGGCCUAAUGCCACUCAUCAGCUUGGUUACCUUGGCCACAAGCUUGACGUCCUUUUUUCUCAGCUGUGAAAUGGGGACCCACAUUGAGCAGUUGGGAAGCUGACACUGUUACCUGGAAGUUUCCAGAAACCCGAGCCAACACUCCAGCCCCUCCCUGGGGUCCCGCACCACGGGCUCUCCCAUGGGCGGGCUCUCCGUGACUCCCUGACUGCACCUGCGGUCCCUGGCGGAGUGCUUGGCCGCCUGGCCAGGCUGUAUGGGGACCGGCAGCUCCGGGUGCUUUCUGGUGUCAGAACCGAAUCCUCUGCCAGAGAACCCCAGCUUCUCCACGUGGCACUGCUGGGAACACCCCUACUGCCACUCCCGUUGGAGGCUGACCUGGGGCCCUGCCAAGAGGCCAGAGGUUUGCUGGAGGCUUCGUACCCUCCUGGAGA